AUGAUGGAUAGCCUUUUAAAGUCUUCUAAGUAUAGAGACUUGAAGAAAAGUUUUUGUUCAACACAAAACAACACACAAGUAAAUUAUGGUUUGCGAAGUGUUUCCAACAAAAGCAAUUCAAAAAAACCAAGUGUUUAUUCAAAAUUUUAUCGUUCUUAUGCUAAUAGUGAAAUUUGUGGGAGGGGAGAGAAUCUUCCAACAACUGACAUUGAAUCUGGCUCAUUGUUUGAAGUUGGUGAAAGGGAACAAAAUAUUCCUUCAACUGCUCAUGAAUCGUCUGGAUAUUUAUCUCACAAAAAUAAUGAAUCUACUUUCAAAGCUGACAAAUUUCCAACUUUGAAUGGCACCAAUAGAAUCAAUCUCUCCAGACUCCCCCAGGUUUCAAGUAUGAAGUUAACAUCUAAUGUUAGUAGGGUGGAAAGGGAUAAUGAUGGGUUUGUUAUACCGACUUCAACUGCCAUUCAUCGUCCAAAACCACAUGUUCCUGAAUAUAAUGAAGAAAUAGAAAGGGUGUCUGUUGGGAAAUUGAGUGAUCUAAUGGAUAGACUACCUGCUGUUGAAGCAUUUUAUUAUUUGAAAAAAUAUGAGGAGUGGCUUAUUUAUGAGAAAAGAAAAAAGGCACAAGAUAUGUUAAAUGUGUGUCCUGAUAUUGAUAGGGAUAAACGUUUACGAAUUCUCGAUUGGCUGCAUUCCAAUGCUGGUGAACCGUUCAUUGGAAAUCGAGGAUGGAAUAGAGAAGUGAUUGAAGAUUAUAUUUCUGUUUCUUCUAGAAACACUAUUCAACAUCAAAAAAAUUCACAUAAUCAAUUUAAAGAAGCAGAUUCAUCUCAAAUUGCUGUUUUCCUUCUUAAGAACUGGACUUUAAUUAAAGGCAAUGGACCAAUGGAUUUGAUGGUUUCUGGAGAUUUAAGAGAUGUGAAGGACCAGACUUUGAUUGAAGAAGGUCAUGUCUCUAGUAGAAUACUAUCUGCUGAUGCUACUAUCAUUAAAACUAGCUGUUGUGUUUAUCACUUAAUUGGUGACUUUAAUGAUCCUAAUAAUAGUAUCCCAGAGGAUAUUAAGAAGCAUUUUUCUAAUAGCAAAUUUCCUAACCACUGGAAAGAAGUUGUUAGAAAAUGGAAUUACAUACAACAGAAGCAAAGUAUGCUAUGCUUUUCAAAUGGAAAUAGCAUCAGAUACGGUGAUAAAAAUGAAACUGAUUACAAUUUUCAAACUAAGAAGCGUAAAUCUUCAGAACUUGAACCAGAGGGACGCCAGAUGGUCCCAUUGGUGAAGAAGCUUCGACGUGAUCUACCAGAUGUUACUCGGCAAACUCCUAUGGUUAGGAAAUUGACAAAUUUUUCUAUGAUAACCAGGAGUGCUUUAAGGAAAAGACAAAACAGAAAUAAUUAUUCCUUCUUAGGUACGCCCAAAUCUUCUAAAGUACAUAGCAAGGUAAAGUCGAGAAUCAAAACACCUAUGGUGAGAAGAGGAAUGGAAAACCAAGUAUUAUCAGAUGAUACAGAUAUGUCUGAUUUUUAGUGGGAUUCAACAAAGAGUAUAAUUUAAGUUAUGAAUUUUUAUGUAUUAUUGUAUCAUAAUGCAAUUUUAAUUAAUUAUAUGCUAUAUUUAUAAAAUUUAUAUUAAUUUAACAAAUAAUAAAUUAAUGAAUGAUUGUAUAGAAUUUAUAACAAGUUAUUUUG